AUGGUGAUGUUUGGUAACGUCUUUACGAUAAAUAAGGUGAUGUUUGGAACUCUUAUGAUAAAUAAGGUGAUGUUUGGGAAGUCCGUGAUAAGGAAGGUGAUGUUUGGAACGCCUGUGAUGAGGAAGGUGAUGUUUGGAACGUCUAUGACGAGGAAGUUGAUGUUUGGAACGCCUAUGAAGAGGAAGGGGAUUUUUGGAACGUCUCUGAUAAAGAAGGUGAUGUUCGGAACGUCUAUGAUGAGGAAGGUGAUGUUUGGAACGUCUAUGAUGAGGAAGGUGAUGUUUCGAACUUCUCUGAUAUAG